AUGAGAAACUCAAUAUCAUUCUCAUGGGCUCAAAUGCUGGUGCUUAUCUAUCGUACAUUUCCAAGCCCCAUCUCUCACCUCCACCAGUUGCAGUCUUUAUAUACUACGGCUGUCCGACUGUCCACGGCCCCCAAAACUAUUUGUCCAGCAACAAGACUAUUCUCAACGAACGCCCUAUCUCAAGCCUCGAUUCGCACAUUUCCUCACAAGUCCCCAAGAAUCAACCCAACACCUUCUUUCUUUCCAGUGUUCAUCUCAUCCUCUCUUCUUCCGAACUUUUCUCGUGAUCCUACAUACGAGCUUCUGCCUAACGGUGAAUUUGAAGACCGUUCUUCAUUAUUUUUAUGGUUGGUUCAAGAGAACAAAUUACUCACGUUGUGGAAAGGCGUUGAUCAAGGUUUGGAACGUGAGGCUUGGGAAGGGUUUGUCAAGACUAUUGUCGCGCAUGGAGAUCAGGAUGAAUUGAUUCCUUAUUAUAUGGCAAAGCGAGCUCUUGGUGUUGUAGGACUACAUGAUGCCCAGUUGUUUACUGCAAUCGGUAAGAAGCAUUUCUGGGAUAUGCCCUUGUUUCUUGGUGAUCCAGGGUUGAAAGAAGUUGAAGAGGCUUGGAAAGCUUUGGACGAGAUCAUUUUCAAGGUUCAAGGAGGGCCUUCAUCUUAA